GUUUCACCGCUACCAUACUGUAUACCAACGUCUCCUCAGAUGAUGACCAUGGCUGUUCAUGGGGAAUGCCGGUUAAUGAUACUGCCGUUAGGUUAGAUUCUAGAUCCUUACUUGAGUAUUGGAUUCAUUGACUACCUCCCUGUCGAAGCACAAGCUAAACAGCAGCCAGAAAUCCGGAUCAAAAUCUACGUUUAUCUCCUCGCGCCAUGCAAAUUUAUUCGUCUCAACAGAAGGAAGGGACACUUCGAUUAUUUGUCAGAAAAAGAGAUAGGUGGUGCGUCAGUUGAAUUCCAUCUCUCUAUUCGAGCAGUCAACCAUCAAAUUUACGAGGAGGCAUCCUCAGUCUUCUUCUCAUCCCUCACUCUUCUCGUCGAGAUUUCAGAUAUCCAGAAUUUUCGAAUGACUGAGUAUGAGGACCCCGAAGAUAUGAUGUAUCCUACGAGUUUAGACUACCGUAGCCUUAAACGGGAAGUCUAUCCACCAGAUGUAUCUCCUUCGUGUUUUGUUUGGCGAUAUAAUCCCAUGAACUAUGUUUCCAGUCCCACUCACUCUGGGAAACCCGGGCAUUAUCCCUAUUCCAACGAGGAGAUAUUCCAGGAUGACGACCGAUGGGACGGGAAAAUGGAACCGCAUUUCUUCGUACAAUUCCGGAAUAUUCUGGUUCAUAUUGCCUCUGUCCACCUGAUGUCGUAUUUUAGGAACGAAUUCCUAAAUUAUGAAAUGUUGCUCCAACCGUAA